UUUUUUGAACACCUUAAAAUUGUUUUUAUGGCUCACUAAAAUUUGCGGACUAAUAUUUGCGGACAAAAUAAAUUGUGAGGGGAGAGUCCAAAUAAUUGGUAGAAAGAUCUUUAAUAGUCAAAAUCUAUUAGUCUUCAAGUUUGGAGAAUUUUUUGAUCAUUAAAAACCAUUUUUUGAUUAUUAAAACCUUAGAAAACUGUCCUCAUGGAAUUUCGGACUAAUAUUUGCGGACAAAGCAAAAUUGUGGGGAAUAGCCCAAAUUACGGAAGGAAAUUUAUUUUUUUUUAAUAUUUAAAAAAUUUAUUUUUGUCUUCUUUUAGAAGAAAUGUCUUUCUUGACCUUUUAAAAUCGUUUCCCCUCCUUUGAUUUUUUACAAAUUUUUCUCGUCCGCAUUUUUCAAUCCGCAAAUUUUGUUCCUUCACAUUUUUGUUAUUUUUCCUUCAAAAAAAUUUUUUUAAUAAAAUACAAGAAUUUCUAUAUAUAAAUCAAAAACUAGACAUAUUUAUUUACAUGUCCGGAUUUUCUGUGUCCUGACAAUAAAAAAUCCUUUUUUUUCUAUACAAUUUUUCCUUCAUUUCUCUCUUGACCUAAAUUGAUGUCAGUCUACUACCAACAACUAACCAAUAUCCACACACACACCUUUUUUUACUUUUUUUUCUAUUCGCGCAAAUGAUUCGUGUAUUUUUAGUAACUUACACUGAUUUAGUUUUUUGAAUUAGAAUAGAAAAUGGUAGAAAAAUCCAAGAAAAAUCAUGAAAAAAUUCCGACCCUUUUGCGGCAUUUUUGCGGACAAAAUUUUUUUGCGGACAAAUAUUUUGCGGAUAAAAUUUUUUGCGAAUUUUUGAGAUUUUUCUUUUGGGUCCUACAAAAGUCAAUAAGUAUAUUUUACCUUUCUAGUUCAAUCAUUCAUAGUAGAUUUGUGGUUAUCCAAGAUUAAUAUUUGUGUAUCUCCCUAUAAAAAUCCUUUAAACCGUUACCCUCACAUAGGAAAAAAUUUUUUUCAGUUUCCUUCCCAACUAAUUUAUUGAUUUUUCUUUUUAUAAAAAAAUGAUGUUAAAAGCUCUCUCUCCUACUACAUAAAAGUUUACGCGCAUUUAUUUAUUUUUCCUUUAAAAAAAUUUUUUUUUCUUUUCAAUCAUUGUUUUCUUGUCUAGAGGAGGAAGAGGUUAUUGACCUUGUCCCGUUUCUUGUUGUUCCCGUUCUUUCAAAACAAAAAUAAAAAAAGAUUAACAUUUUAUAUCUCUCUAUUUUUAAUCGUUUUUUACUUUUUUUGUUAUUUGUCCUCAAAUAAAUUUUUUUGUUCGCUCAAAGAUUUUUUUGAUAGGGCUUGGGAUGUUUCAUUGUUGAUUUCUGUGUCGGUGAUAUUU